AUGUGCACGAAAUUUAAGUUGAACACCGGAGCAGAGAUCCCAGCCAUUGGAUUUGGCACCUGGCAGGAUGCGAGUGAGCAGGAAGAUGCCGUGGCAGAAGCAAUCAAGGCAGGGUAUCGUCACAUCGACACCGCACGCGCGUACGGAACUGAGAAGGCUGUUGGGAAAGGCGUGAAGAAAAGCGGCAUUCCCCGCGAAGAUAUCUUCAUCACAACCAAGCUAUGGAACAACAAGCACCACCCGGACGACGUAGCAUCGGCUCUGCAGCAAUCACUAGACGAUCUGGGAAUGGACUACGUUGAUCUGUUCCUGAUGCACUGGCCCGUCGCCUGGAAACGAGGCGAGGAACAAUUUCCGAUGAAGGAUGGGAAGCCGGUCAUGGAGAAUAUCGACAUUGUCGACACGUACAAAGCAAUGGAACAGCUUCUGAGAACUGGCAAGGUGAGGGCGAUUGGCGUCUCGAACUGCGACAAGUCUGAGGUGGAGCGCUUGAUCAAGAACACUUCCACUGUUCCCGCUGUGCACCAGAUGGAGUGUCAUCCGUGGUUGCAGCAGCGUGAUUUCACAAAGUGGCAUCGGGGGAAUGGUAUACAUGUCACGCACUACUCGCCGUUUGGUAACCAGAACGCUCUAUAUGGUGAAAAGGCCGGGCCCGCGAAGCUGAUCGACGAGCCCGUGUUGACGAAGAUAGGCGAGUUAUACAACAAAAAUGCCGCCCAGGUUGCUCUUGCUUGGGGUGUAUCGCAGGGCCACUCAGUGCUACCGAAGUCUAAAACACCUCUGAGAAUCAGGGCCAAUCUGGAAGGAGACUUCAAGUUGAGCCCAGAGGACAUGACGAAUAUUGAGAAAAUCAACAAGAAGAUUCGUUUCAACGAUAGCAGUGGGGAGUUUGGCAGGGACUUCUUCAGUGGCCUGGAGGGGAAGUCUUGA